AUGGUUAUACAGGAGCGCCAUGCUCACGAGACUCCAGCUCACGAGACUCCGGUUCACGAGACUCCAGCUUACGAAAGAGACGAACAGGAGCCUCAACGCCCGUCCAAACGCCCACAUUCUGCCGUCGACGACUCCGAUCCCCAAUCGGGGUCUCCUGCGUCGAACAAUCUGGUCUCAAGUUGGCUUGGCAGCAUAUGUCCUCCGGCCAAGCGUCAAAGGCGAAACUCUGAAGCUUCCAUGGCCAGUGGUGGAGAUGGCGGACUCGGACCGCCGUCGCCGCCGUCGAUCAACACAUCCGAUAUCUGCGACAAACACACACAAGACCACACUGCUGCUUCGCGACCCGCUACUUCCCGCAGCGCUUCUUAUCGCACCACUGGGGGUUCGUCUACAAGAAGCUUGGUUGACGCGGAGCACUAUCGGCUUGAAAACUUGAAAAUGCGCAACGGCAUUGAGAUGCGUGUUGACCGUGAACCAUUACCACCGGCUAUCCAGGCGUUGGUAGAGCCUCUUGGCUUGCAGCAACCCCCUCCCACUCCGACAGCAUGCGACGAAAAGUUCGUCAGGGCUAUUCGAGCUCGCAACGACUGUCUCGCCAUGUCUGUAAAAAAUUCCGUCAGGCAGCGGUUUGAUGGCAGCAUCUUCCCGAGGCCUGAAUUUGGCGACCCUAUACUGCGCACCGAUAGCCUGAUCAUGGCGGAAGCGACUUUACCGACAAGAUUUACUUCAGCAGCCUUGAAGAAGCUCAGUGGGAGGGUCAGACGGUUGUCGAGACUCAGCAUUCCGAUACCCGAUAUCUUGUACGGCUAUUCCUAUGAAGUUUUUCCAAGGGAAGAACGGAGCCUGCUGUACCACGUUCUUACCGACGUCAAUGUAGUCAACGAGAACCUCAAUGUGCUGCCCUUUCUUAUCGUCGAGUUCAGAGGCGACGGCGAAAGCAUGUGGUCCUGCAUCAACGAGUGUCUCGGCGGCUCGGCGGCAUGCGUCAACGUUGGCAGGCGGCUAAACAUGAAGCUCGUAGUCAACGGCCAGAGUCCGUCGUUCAACAGUGCCGUAUUCAGCAUUGCCAUUAAUCACGAAAUCGCGCACCUCUAUGUUACAUGGAGACCAUCGGACCCUGCGGCGGAGUACUACAUGCAACGCAUUGGUGUGUAUGCAGUUGAAGACAUGCAUCACUAUCUGAUUCUUCAGCGUGCCGUACGCAAAAUUAUUGAAUGGGGCAUCGGGCCGAGGCUAGAUCAUUUUCGCGAGUGCCUCAGUCUGGCUGGUUCGGAAAAUGGGAAAGCAUCAGAUAUGUCGUCUGCGUACGUCGAAGAACCCAAGGCGCAGGUUGAAGAACCCAGAGCGCAGGUGGGAGGACCUAAGGCGCAAGAAUUUCAGGCGCAAGAAUUUCAGGCGCAAGAAUUUCAGGCGCAAGAAUUUCAGGCGCAAGAAUUUCAGGCGCAGCUUGAUGAACUUAAGACGCAAAUGAAAGAACUCAUCAAGGCGCAGAUGGAAGAGCUUAAAGAGGUCAAGGCGCAGACGCAGGUCGAGGAAUUCGUGCCGUCGGUCGUGGGCUCCGCGUCACAGAUCAAGGAAUCUGUGACACAUAUCGUGGAAUCUGUGCCGCAGGUCGAGGAAUAUGUGUCGCUACUGUAG